AUGGAGACUUGGGACAUGCGCCACGUUCUGUAUGCAACGACAUCGAGGCAAGGCAAGGGGGGCAAGGCGUCGCUGCAUUCCUCUUUCAGAUUGGGCUCAUUUGAGAAGCGACGAUGCCUCGAAGAUGCUGUCGACCUCGAUAUCCGCUUCGAUGCACUCGAGCAUCGAUUUGAUUUGAUGCACUCAAUCGUGGCACCCGUCAUCUACGGCACGGCAGUAUAUCCGAGGCCACAAAGCCGCAUCUCGUUCCGAUGGUAUGGUAUGGUAAGUCUACAUUCCGAGCUCAUGCCUCGCCUUGCGUUACUGCUUGGCAUACGGACUUGUGGCCAGAACAAGGGCAAAGCUGCAUCACGCGUAGAGGCGACGCGAAGGAAGCUGACGGCGCCAAGCCACCGCCACGACCGGGAUGUCUGUCAUUGUGUGAGCGAGCAUCGGAAUGAGCUCCGGCAGUCGCGUCAGCAAUCAUCUACACCUACACUGAGCCUUGCAGUUUCCGCCCACUCUCGCCCUGCAUAUCCAAACUCAUCUGCCCGCCCAUCGCAUCGAAGAAGAGGCUUGUGCUCCGUGGGAAAGGAGCAUGAAUACGCCGACUGCAACUGGGGAAGCAUCAGGAGCAGACAAUGGAGGCUGAAAUUCGUCAGGAGCAUGGGGAUGGCGAGUCGACAUGAGAGUAUCUGCUGCCUGAGCGGGCUGACUCCCACAGCAUUCUGCGCAGCUCAAGCUCCCUCUGGCCAAACAACAUGGCGUGAAGCAAGAGCGAGGCGGAAGGCCAUUAUUUUCUCAUUUUCUCCCACUGCUCUCACGUUGCAGAUAAAGUUACUGCAGCAUGUCCGUGGUCAAAACGCCAUUUCCGAUAACCCUGCACCACAUUUCGCCGGCUCACUUCCAGCAUUGUGCCCAGCUGCUCCUUCAGAAGUUCAAACUUCAGAUACAGCGUCACCACUGGUCCACUGGGCUGCAAAAAAACGUUCGGAAGAUGUCACUGCUGCAAGCACACCACUAGUCGACCCUUUGCAGCCCAGUCCAAAGCAGCGCAGAGUUGCAGGUCCCGCCUCACUGCCUGUCAAUGGAUCUUCGUCUAGCGUCGAGCGAGCCGACAUAUCAACUCUCUCGUCGCCGGAACCGGAAAAACGACCGCAACAGUCCAUUUAUGCGGUGACGUACAACUUCAAGGACAGUUCCGGCAUUCGCAGCAAAUCGGAACUUGCAGGCGUAUACACCAAAGUCUGGGACGCGAACAAGGCAGCCGCAAAAGUUCUCCUUCGAAAAUUGGCCGAGAAGACACACUGCUCAGACCUCGUUUUCUUCGAUACUUCUUCGCGCUCCUCCCGAUACCUUAUACCAGAAGACACCACUCGUCUGGAGAGAAAUGUUGCAAUUGCGAACAUGUCUGGUCGAGGAGGAAUAGAGUACAAAGUCAGGUUGAAGCGGGAGGGAUUGAUGCAGGUCCGAGUAGAACAGAGGAAACUGAACGAAGAGAGCACGGAAAGUGACGAUGAAUACAGUGACUCUGAGCUGCCGUACUUGAAAGCAGAGGAGUGGGUCGAUUGGUACUCGUACCGCAUCGUGAGGGCAGCAGACGACCAAAUUGAGGCGAGUGCUACAAGGCCACUUGUGGCAAAAGUCGCCAUUUCUUGGCGGCCAACCGUCUUUCUCUUUCUCGCUCGUGACCGCGGCCGUCACUUUCGCCAGCAAUGUCUCAGUCUGCUCGAGCGAGCGGACGACAGCUUCGAAGCUUCGAAGUCGCCACUGGUUUGGGCAAAAUUCUUCAACAUGACUUGGUUGAUAGUCGCCAUUUUGAUGGACAACCGGAAGUUUUGUUGACAGUCUGAAAGAAUAUCGUUGCGAUUUCGAGAGAAGACUAGAAGUACGCAGCAGUGCUAGCCGUACGUAUGUGCCUCAGGCACCGUAGCGGAAAGGCGGUCCAUUUAACAUUACGUUACAGACCACGAACCGCCACGCCUACACUGCCAGUCUCAAAGAGCUGUAGGUCGCCGGUCCCUACGCAUUCAGCCAGCAACCACUCGCCAUCGAGUCCGUGAAACUGCUGGAACUUGCGUGUUUGCCCUGGCAGCACGCCAGUCCAAUCACCCCGCAGGAGUUUUGCCUUGCUCGCAGGGUCGUUAGGAACAUUGCCGUUCCAUUUUUCUAUGAGCAUGUCCCAUGCAGCCUCCUUGUACCGCGGCGAAAGCUGCUUGAGCAAGAAAAGUAACCGCGCACGCCCUUCAGUCAUAAGCUUCAGGUAGGCGCCCAUGGAGGGUAGACUGAACAUCAUGACUUCUGUUCGCAGCGCCGCGGCGGAUAGUCGACUCUCCUUCGUUGCGAGCAUGCUUCCACCUCCUCCGCUGUCCUGAAUAGCAGCAUAGCCUCCGACCGCAGCAAGCGAGCCGGUGGCAGCUGACGACCCAGCUCUCGCAAUUGCACCCUCGGCAGCUCCAGUCGGACGCGCAAAACUGCUGGUAUGACUCGUUGUCAACGCGCCAGGAUUCGCCAAAAAGCCAGCUCCGACCAGCGAUCGCUUCUCAGCCUGCGAAAGUGAGGCUACGGGAGCAGAGCGCUCUGUCGGAUUGUCGUCCAGAAGUGCCAUGUACUUCUGCUUCGUCUCCUCCUCUAUCGACUCAUCUUGCCACAAUCUGUCCUUCCAAUCUGCUACAAGAGCCACCGCCUCACCGACCGACGAGCCGCCUUUGCCACGACCAGGAAUGCUGAUCCGGCGCACCUUGCCUUGUGCAGCAAGGCGUGCAAGCUCACGGUCUGUCUCCGUGCUGGACGAGCUCAAGGCGUGUAGGUGAGCGAGCGAGACCACUGGUGGAAGACGCUUUCGAAAUUGCAGGCAUUCGGCAAUUUGCCUACUGUUCAUACCAGCGCUUCGCUCGGGUAUCUCCUCGAAGGCAUGAUCUUGGAUGUAUCGUAUCAGAUCACACAGGUCUUCGGGAACCUCUGCCAAUGGGACGCGACGCACGAUGCCCUGAUCGUCAAGCCGUUGGGCCUGCUUUUCUGCGGCGCUGUUCUCUCUAGAGCCAGAUUUCGUUCGUCGAGCGGCCGAGAAUGGUGACGAGCUGGACUUUCGCUUUUGGAGUGGGUUGAUUGUCUUCGGCAUUGCCUACCAUCCACGAGAGAGUCAUGG